UCGUGUCUUUCUCGCGGCAAAGAACCAGAUCCCAGAGCAGUUGGAUUCUCUCUCUCCUUCUCGAGAGAGCUCAAAGGCCAUGAGCUCCACUUCCACCAGAUCAAUCGCGGCCAUUGAUCAAGACGGCAGCAUUGUCGCACAUCCUGCGACUGUAUCAACAUCCGUCGACUUCGGCACACCGCAGGCAUUGGAAUACGUCCAAUCACUUGCCGACGUUGGGGCCAUGACUCGGCUACUCCAUGAGUGCAUUGCAUACCAGCGAGGCCUUGACGUCGAACUCGACAACCACUUGUUUCUGCGGACCGACCUCGACAAACAGCUUCUCCAACUCCAGAGAUCCUCAGAAGUCCUCGACAUUGUCAAGUCUGAUUCCGAAUACAUGUUCUCCAAUGUUAGCUCCACCUGCGAACUCGCCGAUAACGUUAGCCGUAAGGUCCGGGAGCUUGACUUGGCGCAGUCGAGGGUGCAUUCCACGCUUCUUCGCAUCGAUGCCAUCGUCGAGAGGGGGAAUUGUUUGGAGGGUGUGAAUAAAGCGCUUGAAACCGAGGACUAUGAAUCCGCGGCGAGGUAUGUCAAAACUUUCCUCCAGAUUGAUGCAGACUACAAGGAUUCUGGGUCGGAUGAGAAGGAACUAUUGAUGGCUUCUAAAAAGCAACUUGAAGGGAUCGUGAGGAAGAAGCUUUCGGCUGCCGUGGAUCAGCGAGACCAUCCGGCCAUUCUACGGUUUAUCAGGCUUCACACGCCACUCGGUCUUGAGGAGGAGGGGCUGCAAGUGUAUGUAGCGUAUUUGAAGAAGGUAAUUGGGAUGAGAUACAGUCUGGAGUUCGAGCAAUUGGUGGAAUUGAUGGAACAAGGAAAUGCAGGUAGCAACAACAGCAAUUUGAACCAUAACCAAAUUAACUUCGUUGGGUGUUUGACGAAUUUGUUCAAGGACAUUGUGUUAGCGAUUGAAGAGAAUUACGAAAUCUUGAAGAGUCUUUGUGGCGAGGAUGGUAUUGUUUAUGCGAUCUGUGAGCUUCAAGAGGAAUGUGACGUCCGGGGUUCCGUGACCUUGAAGAAAUAUAUGGACUAUAGAAGGCUGGCUAAGUUAUCGUCAGAAAUAAAUGCCCAGAACAGUAAUUUGCUUGCGGUUGGAGGAGUUUCUGAGGGGCCAGACCCUCGAGAGAUUGAAUUAUACUUGGAAGAAAUUUUGUCGCUUAUGCAAUUGGGUGAGGAUUAUACCGAGUUCACGAUAUCAAAGAUUAAAGGGCUUACUUCUGUUGAUGCAGAGUUGGUCCCACGAGCAACUAAAGCCUUCAGAGGUGGUAGUUUCAGUAAAGUUGUUCAAGAUAUAACUGGAUUUUAUGUAAUUCUAGAGGGUUAUUUCAUGGUGGAAAAUGUGAGGAAAGCUAUAAGGAUCGAUGAAUAUGUGCCUGACGGACUUACAAAUUCCAUGGUGGACGAUGCGUUUUAUGUCUUGCAGAGUUGCAUACGAAGGGCAAUAUCCACGUCAAAUAUCAACUCUGUAAUAGCAGUUUUGAGUGCUGCUAGUAGUUUAUUGUCCAAUGAAUACCAUGAAGCAUUGCAGCAGAAGAUUAGAGAACCAAACCUUGCUGCGAAGUCAUUUUUGGGUGGUGCUGGUGUGCAGAAAACAGGAACGGAAUUUGCAACAGCUUUAAAUAACUUGGAUGUUAGUAGCGAAUAUGCUCUGAAACUAAAACAUGAAAUCGAAGAGCAAUUUGCUGAGGUUUUUCCUGCACCAGCUGAUCGAGAGAGGGUAAAAUCUUGUUUGUCUGAGUUGGGAGAUAUGAGCAAUGCUUUCAACCAAGCUCUGAGUGUUGGCAUGGAACUGCUCGCAGCAACAAUCACGCCAAGAUUACGUCCAGUACUAGACAGCGUAGGAACAAUCAGCUAUGAGUUGUCAGAAUCUGAGUAUACAGAAAAUGAGGUGAAUGACCCAUGGGUUCAAAGACUUCUCCAUGCUGCGGAGACAAAUGUGACAUGGCUGCAGCCACUUAUGACAGCUAGCAACUAUGACACGUUUGUUCAUUUGGUUAUUCAUUUCAUAGCAAAGAGACUUGAAGUCAUCAUGAUGGAGAAAAGAUUUAGUCAGCUCGGUGGCCUUCAACUUGAUAGAGAUGUUAGAACAUUAGUAAGCUGUUUCUCCAGCAUGACACAGCGAACUGUGAGAGACAAGUUUUCUCGUCUUACUCAAAUGGCAACAAUUCUGAAUCUAGAAAAGGUAUCUGAGAUUCUAGAUUUCUGGGGUGAAAACUCAGGACCUAUGACAUGGAGACUGACUCCAGCGGAGGUUAGGCGUGUGUUGGGUCUACGACUGGAUUUCAAGCCUGAAGCAAUAGCUGCUCUAAGGUUAUGA